AUGGAUAUUCUGGACAUUGUGGACGAAGACGAGAUGGCACUUGAGGGCUCAAACAUUACAUCCAUUGUUUUAAACACCAGCCUAGAUGGUGUAUCCAAUGUCACCAACAUUACCUUUUCCCCUUACUAUCAGCACUCUCUGUAUGUGGCUGCCAUCUACACCCUGGCUUACUCCUUCAUCUUUCUGCUGUGUAUGGUGGGUAACAUCCUGGUGUGUCUCAUCGUACUGGAAAACCGUCGUAUGCGCACGGUCACCAACCUCUUCAUCCUCAACCUGGCUAUCAGUGACCUGCUGGUGGGGAUCUUCUGCAUCCCUACAACACUGGUGGACAACCUCAUCACAGGUUGGCCCUUCUCCAACACGGUGUGUAAGAUGAGCGGCUUUGUGCAGGGCGUGUCAGUGUCUGCAUCAGUCUUCACCCUUGUGGCUAUUGCUGUUGAAAGGUUUCGCUGUAUUGUGUACCCACUACAACCCAAGCUGACGGUGUUCGUUGCCAAAUUAGCCAUCGCCUCGAUCUGGGUGUUAGCUGUGGCCUUCAUGUGUCCUGCUGUAGUUGCCCUGACUGUGGAGAAAGUCCCUUUCCAUUACAUGAUAUAUAAUAACAACUUCAAUCAGACAUUGCCCUUGUACACCUGCUACGAAAACUUUGCCAACCCUCGGAUGAGAAAUGUCUACACAGUGGUUUUGUUUGCACACAUCUACCUGCUGCCCCUCACAGUAAUCUCACUGAUGUACAUAAGCAUUGGAGUCAAACUGUGUUCUUCUGUGUUUGCAAACAACGAGCCGCACCUGGCCAAUGCUACAGUCCAGGAAGGAGGCAGGAGACACGCUCAUCCGAGGGUAUCGAGGAAAAAGAUAAAGGUGAUAAAGAUGCUCAUUGUGGUAGCUUUGCUUUUCAUGUUGUCCUGGUUGCCUCUCUGGACCCUCAUGAUGAUAACAGACUAUGCAGACUUGGAUGGGAACCAGCUGGACCUUCUGACCAGCUACAUCUUCCCCUUCGCACACUGGCUGGCUUUCUCGAACUCCAGCGUCAACCCCAUCAUCUAUGGCUACUACAAUGAGAAUUUUAAGAGGGGCUUCGAGGCGAUAUGCAAGUCCAGGCCUUUUUGCUGCGUUGUGCAGAGCCAGCUGUGGAGCAGAAUUGUUGGGUGGAGGAGGAAAAGAAGGUCUGUGCAAGCACCUUGUGAAGGUACUGCUUCUAGAGAAGUUGUUAAUCACAACCAUUUUGUGUUGGGACUAAGAAAUCGAGUCCAUAAUGACAACAAGUUGAAUGACACGGCUGAGGUGAAUAGGAGUGCGAGAGUCGAGUGUGCGGUGGUCCACUCGGGAAGGGCGCUUACGGAUCAAGAGUUAGAAAUGACUGCUGUCAAUAAGAAAAGCAGUAAUGAAAAAGAAUCAGAAAAAGUUAGUUCACUGGCAAUUUCACCGUAUCAGGUGUGGGAUAACUGA